AUGGCUGAGAAAUCAUUGGCAAUCACCCUUCUCUUGCUUAGGAUCCUCACCUUGGCUUUUCACAUUGUUUCUCUUGUUGUACACGUUACAGAUACAGUUAAUAAUCCUGGUCCUGAUUCGGAUGAGAAACUUACGUUCAGAGCAUUCUGUGGCUAUAGAUAUAUGACUGAUUUAUUGAAUGAGAGGCAGAAGCUGGCUCCAUUUAUUCAAAUGAGAGAAGUUCCUGACAAGUCGUGGAUUGAUAUACCUAUUAUGAAAAGAAGAGAGGGUGGUGACACUCGAUAUCGUGAAGGAUGGGAAGCGUUCCUUGAGUAUGCGUAUGCGAAUCCGAGGAAGUUAGAAAAUGAUUUGCUGUUUUGUCCAUGUAGUUUUUGCAGAAAUAGGGGUUUGGUGGAUAGAGUUACUAUACAAAAACACUUAGAAAGAUGGGGAUUUGAUGAAAAAUACAAAUAUUGGAGAUUUCACGGAGAAGAUGACGAUAUUGAACCAGCUGACGGAAAUAUAAAUCUAAGAAUAGACGAUACACAUGCAAUGUUCAAUGAUAUUGCCGCAGUUACAGAAGUUGCAGAAUUUCCGGAGGUUCUUGAAGUUCCCGAAGAUGCAGAAGGUGUCGAAAAUGUUGAUGAUGUGCGUGAUACCGAUAGCUUUAAAAGUUUAAUGAAGUUAUUAGAAGAUGACGAAAAGGAUUUGUAUGCCGGUUGCUCAGAGUAUAGUAGAUUGUCGUUUAUUCUUCAACUGAUGCGUAUUAAGACCCUCAGCGGAAUGGCAGAUAAAUAUUUUCAAAUGCUUCUUAAUUUACUACGCAAGGUAAUUCCGGAUGGAGAGAAUAGCAUACCAGAAAAAUGUUAUGAUGCAAAUAAGAUCGUUGGCGCUCUCGGUUUAGAUUACACAAAAAUCCAUGCGUGUCCUAAUGAUUGUAUCCUGUAUUAUAAGGAUAAUGAGAAGCUUGAAGAAUGUCCAAAGUGUGGAGUGUCUCGUUGGAGAAAGAAUACACGCACUUCAACACGAAAGGCAGAUGAGCCUGUUAAGCAGCCGAAGAAAAUUCCAGCGAAGGUGCUCCGACAUUUUCCCUUAGUACCGCGUUUACAGAGGUUGUAUAUGACAAAAGACACAGCUAAAAACAUGCGGUGGCAUAAGGAAGGACGCGUAGUUGAUGGUAAACUCAGGCAUCCGGCAGAUGCAGAUGCAUGGGAGCAUGUUGAUCAAUCUUUUCCUUGGUUUUCCACAGAGUGCAGGAAUGUUAGACUCGGUCUAUCUAGUGACGGAUUCAACCCGUUUGGCAUUAUGAGUUCAGGUUGGUCUACUUGGCCCAUUGUGUUAAUACCUUAUAAUUUACCACCUGGACUUUGUAUGAAGCAACCGUAUAUGAUCCUUUCAUUGCUGAUACCAGGCAAACACUCACCCGGUAAUGACAUAGAUGUGUUCAUGGAGCCGUUAAUUGAUGAGUUAAAACUUCUCUGGGAUGAAGGGGUCCAAACGUAUGAUGCAUUUUCCCGUCAAACGUUUAAUCUUCGUGCUAUUCUUAUGUGGACCAUUAAUGAUUUUCCAGCUUAUGCUAAUCUCUCCGGUUGGUCUACAAAAGGAACAUUUGCUUGUCCCGUAUGUGGUCCAAACUUUGAAGGCUUUCAUUUACAACACAGUAGAAAGAUGUGUUAUUGGUUUAACAGAAGAUGGUUACGUAAAGGACAUAAAUACAGAGGGAAAAGGUGGGCGAAUAAGUUUGAUGGCCAAGAAGAGAAAAGAGGAGAGCCGCAUGUAAUGACUGGAGAUGAAAUUGUAGAAUUAUUUGAGGGAUAUCCUAAAAAUAAGUUUGGAAAGAGCCGAUAUACAAGAGAAGAUAUUCUAGCUCCAAGACGCAUUUCCAUUAUGAAGAAGGCACCGAAACGAAAGAGAAAAGUGUGCAUUACGGAUGAGACACGUGAUGAGGAAUUACCAAAAGGAUGGACAAAAUUUAGUAUAUUUUUUCAGCUACCGUACUGGCAAAAGCUAAAAAUUCGGCAUAACCUAGAUGUAAUGCAUAUUGAAAAAAAUAUAUGUGAUAACCUGUUGUCCACACUCUUACAGGAUGGUAAGAAAUCAAAGGACGAUUUACGAGCUCGGCGAGACUUGAAUGCAUUGAACAUCCGACAUGAUCUGCAAGCACGAGAAGUUACUGAAGGCAAAUUUGAGUUGCCCUCAUCUCGCAUUACGAUGACAAAGGUUGAGAUGCAAAGAUUCUGUGAGGUGCUCAAAUCGGUAAAGUCGCCAGAUGGUUACUGUUCUAAUAUUUCAAAUAAUGUCCAGGUGAAAGAGCGAAAAAUUUUGGGACUUAAGACUCAUGAUUAUCACAUCCUUCUUCACCAAUUGCUUCCCGUGGCACUCCGUAACAAUAUGGCUGAUGAUGAAGUAGCAAAGGUUAUAAUUGAAUUCUGUGGAUUUUUUAGAAAGUUAUGCUCAAAAGUUAUCAAUGUUACAGAAUUUAAGACACUAAAAGGAGAAAUGAAUGAAACCCUUUGCAAAAUGGAGUUAUUCUUCCCUCCCUCAUUUUUUACUAUUAUGGUCCAUCUUACACAUCAUCUUGUAGAUGAGGCAUUACUCGGAGGUCCAGUUAACUAUCGUUGGAUGUAUCCCAUGGAGAGAUAUUUGGGUUUCUUGAAGCGCAUAAUGCGCAAUCGAGCUCAUCCGGAGGGUUCGAUUGCUGACCAUUACGUUGCAAAUGAAUGCAUGUCUUUUGCCUCUCGAUAUAUGCGAGGUGGAGAUGCAAAUAAUAAUACACAAAUUAGUAAAAGAGAUGCCACUUUUCAUGGCAGUACCAAGAUGAACAAGGAUUACUCCAGAAUAGACUUGGAACAAGCUCAUGCAUUCGUCUUGCACAAUCUGGAGAUCUUUGAAAAUUAUCGAAAUCAACAUUUGGAGGAGUUGCAGUUAGAAAUAACUGGGCCGUCAGCACGGAAUCAAAUUGCCAAAAUACAUGAAAAAAAAUUUUCUGAAUGGGUUUCAGCUGAAGUAGAAAGACAAAUAUUUGCUGGUUUACCAAUAUCAGAAGAGAUAAGAAUUCAUGCACACGGGCCACACUACACAGUUAAACAAUGCAGCGGAUAUCGUGUGAAUGGGUUUUUAUUUCAAAAGUUGGGGAUUGAGGAGGAGAGAGUUACUCAAAACAGUGGGGUCAUGGCUAUCUUCUCUCAAGAAUGUUAUGCAAGCUCGACAGAUCAGAAUCCAAUACUUAAUGAUCUAAUUUAUUAUGGACAACUAGAAGAUAUCUUGGAGAUGUUCUAUGCGUAUGGUACAAAAGACGUACGUAGUUAUGUGAUGUUUAAGGUUCGAUGGUGUCAUGCUGAAAUAACAAGAGAUGCAUAUGGCUUUAAUCUUGUAAAUCUAGACAAGGAGAUUUACUCCGAUUUGAAGUUCAUGUUUGCAAAGCAGGCUACUCAGUGCUUUUAUGUCAAAGAUCCUAGACAGCCGAAGGUUUGGGUCGCAUUGUAUAAGGAGCCGAGAACUCUUGUUGAACUUUCUCUCGAUGAAAACAUAGAGGGUUCUGAUGAUCCAAAUGAGACUGAAGGAGAAGUUUUUCCUAAUUACUCAUACCCGCAAAAUGUCCAUCUUAAUAUGUAUACUCCGCAAAAUCGGCUUGAUAUUCGUAAUGUAGGAGAUUGA